UUUAUUCUCGGCCAUGUAGCCUUACAUCUACAUAUAUAUAUAUAUAUAUAUAUAUAUAAUAUAUAUAUAGCAUUGAUCUCCCCUCCUCCCACCCAUCGACCCAUUGACGCCGACACCCACCAUGUCUAAACGACGAUCGUCCUCCAUCGCCAACUCCAAGUCCACGGCGUCCGACACCAUUCUGGACAAUGAGAAAGAAAAAGACCUUCUCCCUUUGCCGGAUCAGCAAGGCCAUUUCACUAGUCAACUGCCAGAGCUCGCCGCGCUCGCCUCGCACAAUGACACCGAUAAUUAUGCUCCCGACGCAGAGGAGACCGACAUCCCCCUCAUGUAUCGUGUCAUGGCGUUCGCUAUGGUCAUAUUCUUUGCGACUGGCUCGAGUUAUAUACAGGGCAUCUCGAGUCCUCUCAAAUCGACAUUCAAAAAGAAGCUUGGCAUCACCAAUGCCCAAUACGGUGCAAUCUCCAGUGCUUCUUCUCUUGUGAACACCAUCCUCCCUAUCAUUGGAGGGAUCGGUAUGGACCAUUGGGGUGCCACCUACGCGGCAAUCAUUUCGAGCAUCUUUGUUCUUAUUGGAGCCAUCAUUGCGUCAGCUGCUGCAAAUGUCGAACACUAUGGCAUGCUCAUAGGAGGUCUCAUUCUCCUCGGCUUUGGCUCUACCGUUAUUGAAGCCGUCCAAAACAAGCUCUACUCUCACUGGUUCCGCGGCUCGUCUCUCGCUUUUGUCUUUGCGCUCGACAUUGCUUGGAACCGUAUCACCACUCUCAUAGCCAAAGCCACUGCUGUCCCCAUGUCGAACAUCAACGGCUGGUGGGGUUGGGCCCUCUGGAUUCCAACUAUCGUUUGUGCUGUCAAUAUGGCGUUGGUGAUGCUGUAUUGGUGGUUUGAAAGAUCCGUUCCCAAGCAGUACAGACCUGCUCUGGGCAAGGACGCUAGAGUGACCGAAGGGUGGGAUAAGCGGAAGUUCCACUUUGGUACGCUCUGGAGGUUGCCAAAGUUCUUUUGGAUCUUUUGUGGUUCCCAGCUGUUCCAAAACGCUGCCAUCUCCGUCUAUAGUUCAAAUUUGGCUGAUAUUCAAACCGUCACCCGUGGUACCAAAACGCUCGCUGCGGGUUACAACUCGUCUCUUCAGGGCAUCGUGCCUAUUGUGCUUACGCCCGUGGUCGGACUGUUCUUUGACCGUCUCGGCUACCGAAUGGUGUUUGUCUCAUGGACGGCUAUCCUAUAUAUCGUCGUCUUCUGCCUCAUUGGCUUCACCACCGUCCACCCUCUCGCCCCCAUCCUCCUUUCCUCGUUCGCCAACGUGACUAACGCCAUCACAUUCAUCGCCGCCAUUCCGGUAUUGGUCGGCGAUGAUUCUUUACUUGGCACGGCUUUCGGUGUAUGGAAAGCUUUCGCCAAUAGCAACAGCAUUGUGCUCGACGUUGCUUCCGGCGCUAUCCAAGACCGAACUCCCGGCGGAUCUUACGACAGGGUCCUCUACCUCAUCAUCGCCAUCAAAGCCCUCCAAGUCUGCCUCGGUCCCCUGUACUUCUACCUCGAUCGCAUCUGGUUGGGAGGCUCUCUCCGUCUCUCUGAGAAGAAGCGACUCGAAAAGCUUGUGGAGAAGAAGGAAAACAAUCUGGACUACGAAGGCUGGAGAAUUAGCAAGCUUACGACCAGGGUUGUUGGAGGCGAGCUGGUGGGGUUGGUCAUCACGGCUUGGGUCGUUUACAUUGUUUACUCUCUGGGCACUUGAUCGGUUCGUUCGUGUUAGAGUUUUAUUAUAUGAUGCGUCUCUCAUUUGGUCUGGUCUUGAGGUUCGCUCUUUCCUCAUGCACUAUCUAGUCGUCAUCUUCAAGGCAUGAAAUCAUCCAUACUCGUACGC